AUGGAUAAAAAGAAACAAGAUAGUGAGUGGGAGAAUGUCUGUCACUAUCUUAUAUCAACAUUGACCUAUAAAUACGAACAUGCAAAUGUGAAGCUUGCAAAAAAGUGUCUUAAAGACGUGACUGAAAAAGUUGUACAGCCAAGAUAUUGGAAGGAACAAAUAAAGGAAAUACAAAAGUGCAUUGUUAAGUGUAAGAAAGAGAAGAUACCCAACAGUGCUGAUGAAAUGAUCUCAGCAAAUACAAUGCUUGUUUUUCUGACCUGCAAGGAUAAACUAAGAGACUGCGGUCUUCGUAGAAAUAUUCACGUGAUCGACAAAACGUUAUCCAUAGUGAGUAUGUACAGGGAUCAGGAAGCUUUGUCCGGAGAGCUGACCUUUGUAAAACAAUUAAGGAAUGACAUCAAAGCUCUUGGAGGUUAUGCUAGAAUGGUUCCGACACUAGAAGAUGCACACAAAGAAAUCAUAGCACUUAAGCACGCCCCAGAAGAGGUUUACAACACUUUCAAAGCACUUUUGGUUCACCUUGGAGAGUUUGGAGAGUCAAAAUAUAAAAAUAUGGACUGGGCUUCAAUACAAACCAGAAUGAAAAGAACUCAUCAUCCGGUUAAAGCAGUGUCAAUUCUUAGUGAGAUGACACAAAUUGAAAAGCAGGACAUUAAUGAAGAUCGUGUGCAAGAGGCGUCCAAAAUCCUUCAUAGAGCCAAUGUAAUUCCAGGUAUCAGUGAUCACGAUGCUGUCCUGGUCGACACAAAUACCUCCGCCCGUAUAAAGCUCCAAAAACCACGUAAAAUCCACCUAUAUAAUAAGGCAGACUGGGACGGUCUUAGGUUACAUAUGUCCAACCUUCAUGAUUCUCUUGCCAGGUCAAAAAAUUACUCCAACAAAUCAGUGGAAGAGUUAUGGCAAACAAUCUCCAGCUCAAUUGAGGAAGGGGUCAAUACUUUCAUCCCAUCAAAAUGGUCAUCCUCCAAAAAUAAACUCCCCUGGAUCAAGGUCAACCUCAAACGUCUAUAUAGGAAAAGGGACAAAGCCUACAAGCAGUACAAGGGCCAUAACUCAAAUAAAUCUAGAGAUAAAUAUCUCAGCAUUAAACAUCUCUGCAGAAAAGAAACUAAGUUAGCCUAUCAAAAUUACUUGGAAGAUAUACUAAACAUUAACAACAACAUCUCUGAAGAACAUGAACAAACACAAACCAGACCAAACACCAAAAAGCUAUAUUCACUAUUAAAACACUCAAAACAAGACUCUUUUGGCAUUGACUCACUGAAAAAACACAAUAAACUGUAUACAUCAGAUCAAGACAAGGCAACAGUACUAAAUGAACAAUUUCAAUCAGUCUUCACAUCUAAAUCCCCUGUUUCUCUUAAAUUCCUUGCUGAUAUGAAAGUACAGGAUCAGGCAGAUACAGGUAGAGAGGUUCCCCACACAUCAUUUAGCCCCCAUAACCCCAUGUGUGAUAUUGAUAUCUCUGUAAAAGGUGUUGAGAAGCUCUUAAAAAACCUUAACCCCCAUAAGGCUGCAGGACCUGACCAAAUUAGACCCAUAGUGCUGAAAAAUACCAGUAAAGAAUUAGCCCCUAUAGUGUCCAAACUUUUCCAAAAAUCACUGCAGUCCAGCACUCUACCAGACAUCUGGAAAAUGGCGAAUGUGGCCCCUGUCUUUAAAAAAGGUAGCAAGUCAGACCCAGCAAACUAUCGCCCUAUCUCUCUUACCUGUAUCUUGUGUAAAACCCUGGAACACAUUGUCUCCUCCAGCAUAACAAAGCAUUUUACUAGAUCAAACUUGUUCUAUGAAUUGCAGCAUGGUUUCCGAGAAAAAAAGGUCAUGUCAAUCCCAACUAUUAAUGCUUAUAGAUGA